CCAGAAACUUGCAUUCAAGCGUUAACUUGCACUAGAACCGGUCAAGCUGACGAUAUAGCAAAGAGCAUUAAAUGAUGUGGUCUGAAAGAAUUGAUAAAGUUGAACUUCUCUACUUCACCGUAUUGGUAGUAUUUGGUAUAAAUGUUUUCUACAUACAAACAAGUGAGGCCUGCUAUCCGUAUCAGUAUUGUCUAACGCCGCGCAACUACAGCGGAAUUUUUGUUGAAGAUAAUGUUUAUGAAAGCAUGUCAGAAGAGAAAAAGUCGCUCUGUGAUGGUUUUUGUCAUCAUAACUGUACAUUGCGAUUACGUUGUUGUGCCUUUAAUGCCACAAUCAAUUCGAAAAGAAUAUCGGAACAAGUAUGCGAAUUCAACCAUUUAAUACGACAUUUCAUCAUAUUUGGUGAACUGGCUAAAGACAAUGAAUUCCCAUUUAUGGCCGCCUUGGGUUGGCGCGUUAAGAACGAGACUAGUGGAAACACGACUAUAGUUUAUAAAUGUGGCGGCACUAUAUACGAUCGUGGUUAUGUGAUCACUGCGGCACAUUGUCUAUAUCACUCGAGUGAACUACCGGUGGUAGUACGUCCCGGUGGCUUCGCUUUGAAUGAUACGUCAGCAUGGGAUUUGGAAAUCGAAGAAGUCAUUGAGCAUCCCAACUAUGAAUAUCCAAAUGUGUACAAUGACAUUGCAAUUAUACGUCUGAGAAAAGUGUUUCAUGGAAAUCCAUUUCAUGAUGAACCGGCAUGCCUUUGGAGUGAUCGGAGCUCAAAACAUAAUGUUACCGCCAUUGGUUAUGGCGACACUCAAUUUGCUGGUGUAUCCUCUCCUUUAUUGCUGAAAACUAAAUUAACAACAGUUGAGAACAGCGAGUGUAAAUUACACUACGAACCAGAUAGUGAUGUUUUAAGUGAUGGCAUUAUUCGGACGCAAAUCUGCGCGAAAGAUCAUGAGAAAUUGCGUGACACAUGUCAGGGUGACUCUGGUGGUCCGUUAAUAAAGUUGAAAAACGUGGAAGAUCUUAAAACCAUGUCUUAUAUUGUUGGCAUCACAUCCUUUGGCAUCGGUUGUGGCACUGGUACGCCAGGUAUUUAUACACGUAUCGCGGCAUACAUUGAUUGGAUUGAAGAUGUCACCUAUCGAACUGUGCCGAAAUGAAAAAGCGAAUAUUUUAAGAAAGAAUAGAUGUAUUACAUAAUAUUAGUUAGAAGUCAUGUGAAGUAGUCGUAAGAGGCGAGCUGAUCGAACCUUGCACUUAAAUAUCAAUUCAAUUCGAAUUCAAUUUAUGGAGAUCUUCGUGUUAUAGAAGUUCUUGAAAUCUAUACUAAUAUUAUGAAUAAACUCAAAAACUACUGUGCCGAUUUCAAAAA